CAGGAAGAGGGUUGGAGCAACACAUGUGCUUUUAAAAGUGAAACAACUCUUUACAUCCGGUAUAAAAAUCCAGUAAACAGACCUUUUCAUCCACUUAGCAGCAUCGGAUUAUGCCUGUACGUGUUCACCACAGAGUGAUAUAAUCCAUCAUAACUGACAUGAAUAACUCUGUGAAAGAAGAACUUUACAAUGCAUUGAAUGAACUCAUUGAGAAACAAUUAAAAGAAUUUAAAUGGAGGCUACAUUUUAUUGAUUAUAAUGGAAGGGCAAAAAUUUCUAUAGCUUCACUGGAGAAAGCAGAUGCACAAGACGUUGUAGAUCUCCUGAUUCAACAUUAUGGAGAAGACGCUCUAGAGGUGUGCAUUGAUGUCCUUCGAAAAUGCAACAGAAAUGAUCUUGCAAAAAAACUUGAAGAAACUGGACAGAAAGGGAUGAAUGACACAACAAAGAAUCUGAACACAAUAUUGAAAUAUUAUCAGCACCCAGGCAAAAAAGUUGGCCAGUCAACAGAAGUUAAAAUCUCAGUGGAAGAGGAAUCUAAAAAUGGGAUCAAGCUUUGUCCUCAGAAUCUAUUUCAGCAAAUACAGACUAGUGAAGGCACUGAGAUCUACCCCAUCAAUGAUCCCAAGACUCGUACGCGCCUGGCCUUGAUAAUCUGCAAUAUCAAAUUCAAUCACUUGGAUUAUAGGCAGGGGGCUGAGGUAGACUUGGAACAGAUGAAGCUUCUCCUAGAAGAUCUGGGAUACAAUGUGAAAAUAGAGCGCAAUUUGAGCUCAGAGGAUAUCACCACUUGCUUGAAGAAUUUUGCAGCUCGAGAAGAGCACAAGGCUUCAGAUGGGAUGUUUGUGGUACUGAUGUCUCAUGGCCUCCGGGACGUCAUUUGUGGAGUCCACUCAGAAGACGAACACUCUGACAUAUUCUCCAUCGAUACUGUCUUCUCCAUCUUCAACAACAAAAAUUGCCAAGCUUUGAGGGGAAAGCCCAAGGUGGUCAUUAUUCAAGCAUGUCGUGGGGCGCAACGAGGGUACAUGGUGGAAAACGUGGAAGACUCAGUUGCAUCUGCUGCUGCCUCUCUCCAGUCUGAUUCACACAUCACCAUGCAAUUGCAAACUGAUGACAUUAAGAAAGUAAAUGUGGAGAGUGACUUCAUCUGCCUAUAUUCCACCACCCCUGAUCGUGUAUCCUUGAGACACCCUGAAACCGGAUCACUCUUUAUCAAGCAACUAAUAGAUACUAUCAAGAAACAUGCCUGGAAUUGCAAUUUGGAAGAGGUGUUCCGGAAGGUGAUGCAGCAUUUUGCAAACAACCCAUGUCAGAUGCCCUCAAAGGACAGAACCACCUUGACCAAAAAGUUCUACCUCUUCCCGGGACACUGAAGCCAGGUGAAGGAGAAACUACUGGGCCCAAAAGCAGAUAAUUUUCAGAUAUAUGGAAGAAACAUGGAUUGACCACACCUUGUCCUUUCUCCACCUUAUUCCUCAUUGCAAAUUUCCAUCAAGUCGUUUUUGGAAUUUAUUGUGAUUUGUGUCUAAAUCUUAUAUAGCGUGAUUAGUAUUUGUUUUCAACAGCAAAAAUGUUUAACUGUGAUGUUUAAAAUGGAAAUAAGAGUCAAAACGUAUUCAUAAUGGUUCCUCCCCUCUCCCCCCAAUG